GGUCUAUAACGAAAUCGCAUGAAGUUAGGGGUCCAAAUAUAACAAAAAAUGGAUACGCCAUUUGGCCCCCUCUAAACGCAAUGCAUUGCUAGCUAUCAUGCAGAUAUAGAGAGAGAGCAGAGCAGAAACGGAGCGCAGCCGGUUGCGUCAUGAUCGAUGCAUUCCUCCACGAAAAUAGGAAUCCAAGCAUAUGCAUCGGAGAAGAUCUUUCCUGCUUACUCUCUCUCUCGUAGCUAAUUUCCUCGAUUGUUCGCACUUUUUACAUGGCAUCUCCUCAAAGAUCUUCAAAGGCAUCCGAACCAAGGGCUCCAAAUCCAAAUGAUCCAAAAAUUUCUAAGGCCUUUAGUGCCAUGGAGUGCUUAGGCAUUUCCCGUGAAGUUGUUAAACCAGUCCUCAAGAAUCUUCUUAAAUUGUAUGGAGGAAGCUGGGAACUAAUUGAAGAAGAUAACUAUCGAACCCUUGCAGAUGCCAUAUUUGAAUCCUUUGAUGACAAGAAGAAGAGUAAGGCUGUAAUGGUGGAAUCCGAAGAUCAGGCUUCAUCUGCAAGGGAGAAUGGAAACAAGGUAAAGGAAUCCAAGUCCAAUUCCAAUUCCAAUCCCAAUCGGAAAGCACAUAAUUCCAAUAUGGAAGGCUCCUCUGUUGAUGCAAGAUUAGAUGCUCAAAGAGUAUCAUCUUCAUCAGGAAUACAAAGAAAGAGACAUCAAAACAACGAGUCAGGUGAUCAUAAUGCUACUAAUAAAAGGUUAAUCCACAAGAUCAAUGACAUAACAAGAGGCACAGAGAGAUUGAAAAUAUCAUUGAUAGAUGAAAUUGGUAUAGACCUUCCAAAGUUUGGGUACAUACCAGAAAAUACCUCUUAUCAAGAUGCAUAUGUGCCUUUCACAUUAGCUCGAAUUGCAGAUGAAAAUUGCUGUUUUAAAUGUAAUGGUGAUUGUCUUUCUUCACGGGUCCCAUGUGCUUGUUCCCGUGAAACAGGGGGAGAAUUUGCCUAUACUUCACAAGGUUUGUUAAAAGAUGAGUUUUUAGGGGCUUGCAUUUCCAUGUAUCAGGAACCACAUAAUCAUCAUCAUUUUUAUUGCCAAGAUUGCCCCUUGGAGAGGGCCAAGAAUGUGAAAAAUCCUGAACCUUGUAAGGGUCACCUAGUGAGGAAGUUUAUAAAAGAAUGUUGGAGAAAAUGUGGUUGUAGUAUGGAAUGUGGAAACCGUGUUGUCCAAAGAGGUAUUACUUGCAAGUUGCAGGUGUUUGCAAUGGAGGAUAAAGGAUGGGGUCUUCGCACACUUGAAAACUUGCCAAAAGGUUCAUUUGUAUGUGAAUAUGUUGGAGAAAUAUUAACAAAUAUGGAGUUAUAUGAACGAAACAAGAAAACUAGGAUUAAUGAGAGGCAUACAUAUCCAGUAUCCCUUGAUUCAGAUUGGGGUUCUGAACAAAUACUAAAGGAUGAAGAAGCUCUCUGUUUGGAUGCAACCAAUUAUGGAAAUGUUGCAAGGUUUAUUAAUCACAGAUGCUUUGAUUCAAAUUUGAUCGAGAUCCCUGUUGAAGUGGAAACACCUGAUCAUCACUACUAUCAUAUUGCUUUUUUCACUAAAAGAAAUGUUAAUGCAUAUGAAGAGCUGACAUGGGAUUAUCAGAUUGACUUUGAGGAUGAUGGGCAUCCAAUAAAGGCAUUUAAAUGUCAAUGUGGCAGCUCAUACUGUCGUGAUGUGAGAAGAGAAGCAGUAGGGACCAAAGUGAAAGAGUUGGGGGUAAAGAGGCGUAAAUCUGGAACUAGCAGAGUGAAUUAACACUAACAAUGGUGGGAUUUGAGCUUUGUUGGCUGUCUGGCAAUAUGAUCGAUACAGGAGUUUGACAGAAGUUAUAAUUGUUAGUCGGUUGCAUAUAUUUUUUGACAUUGCUCAAUUGACUUUUGGUAAAAUGAUGUUUCGAUUUUUUUUUUUUUGAGUAUUGUCCUUUUUUUUCUCCUUAAUUUUUAUGCCAAGAUGGUGAUGUAGCAUUUGGGGUUCGGACAUGGUGAAGAU